AUGCCAACGGUGAAGAGCAAGAAGAAGAAGUCGAAGAAGGAGGCGACGGAUGGAGAGGAAGGAGGAGGUGUGGAGGUGGAGGAGGAGGUGACCAGCAGGAGGCGCUCUGACAGCAGAGACCCUUUGACCCCAGAACCCCUCGAUCCCGCACCACAGAAGAAGAAGAAGAAGAAAAGGGCGCAAACCAUCGAUCUGGAGGCCGAGCAUCCCGAUGUCCCAAACGGAGACAUGGUGGAGGUGGAGGGAGAGGAAUCUGCUCCUGUGGCCCGGAAAACCAAGAGGAAGAAGAAGGCGAAAGCCACGGAGCACUUCAGCAACGAUCUGGAGGCCGAAGACGACGACAUCAUCGUGGACGCUUCGUCUCCGAUCCCCCAGCAGUCGCUGUUCUCCGCCCCCCACGGACACAGCCAGCCGGUGGGGAAGGUCUUCGUGGAGAGAAACCGGCGUUUCCAGGCAGAGCGUGUUGAGCACCUCAGACACUCGGAGGACGAAUAUAUGGACCCCCGACAGAUCUGGACCACCAGAGACGUCGCCAUGAAGGUCCACAGCAGCUUCAGGGUUCUGGGUCUGUUCUCUCACGGGUUCCUGGCGGGCUACGCGGUGUGGAACAUGAUCGUGGUGUACGUUCUGGCGGGGGAGCAGAUGACCACCCUGCAGAACCUCCUGCAGCAGUACCACCUGCUGGCAUACCCUGCUCAGAGCCUGCUGUACCUGCUGCUGGUCCUCAGCACCGUGUCCGCAUUCGACAGGGUGAACCUGGCUAAAGCCUCCAUGGCUCUGAGAGGAUUCGUCACUCUGGACCCUGCUGCCCUCGCCUCCUUCUUGUAUUUCAAUGCCACCCUGAUCCUGCCCUCAGUCAGCAGAGACCAGCGACCGCAUCACCUUUAUCCCACCGCAAACGAGACACUGUGGCCUCCAGGCUCGGAGCAGCAGAUCCUCAGACCCUGGAUGGUGGUGAACCUGGUGGUGGCCAUUCUGGUGGGCUUAGCCUGGGCGGUGGUCUCCACCCGGCCCGACAUCGACUACACCGAGG